CAUGAUAGCAAACUCUCGUCUUGUCUGCGGUCGCAGUCGCAAUAUCAUCCCUCGCACGAAAUUCGAGUCUUGACUGCACCUGCCGCGAGGGUAUAUAGACGUCACAGUAUGACCCGUCUCAAUUCAAUCCCCACCUUUGCACAACGACUCGAUCUCCAAGUAGACGCGAUCACUCAACAUUCCUAGGUGGCGCAACUAUGUACUUCAUCAAGAAGUUUCUAUUUCGAAGUACUUCGACAGGGACCGCAGCGAACCAAACGGACACGGAGAUACCCUCGAACUCUCACAGCUCGACAGCAUGCGCUACCGCAAGCGAUGGAACGUUCUCCACGGCCCCGUCUACCAGCUCAAUCAGCACGGUUGCCUCCGUCGACAUCCGACGCAUCGAAGACAUCUUCGCGGCGCACGAAGCGGCGCUAGCGACCGGCCAAGACAUCCACGUCCGAGUCACAUUCGACGAGAAUGGCGAGAUGGUCGUGGCCAACAUGGAGCCGCUCCACGAUUUCAACCCAUGUCAAGAACUCUCACCGCCCCUCAAGCAAGAAGGCUUUCUGCCAACCGACUGGGAGGAACGACCGACUACGGACAAGCCUAGAAAGAAAGAGAAGGGAAAGCACGAUUACGACAGACGUCUGAGGAAUGCAGUCAAGUUUGUUCGUCGUGCCGCUCUUGUGGGCGUCGAGCGUCCGGAAAGCGCAGCGUCGGCUGAGACAGUGCUUUCCGUCGGAGGGAGGACUCUCGCAUGGGCUGUGAGUGCCUUCAGUCUGUCGUGGCGUUCGACCACGAUGAUAACACGAAUAUCUAGGUGCCCGCUGGACAGGAUGCGCGGCAGUACAGCGCGAAGCUGAUGCAUGCAUUGAAGCUAUUGCACAAACACCGCACCUUGCAGCGAGACAUCAAGCCCAACAGAAUCGCUGUCAGCCGCGAGGGAAGGAUAAGUUCCGCUGACUUCACUGUGUAGGAUAUGUUAUAUGAUACCAGACCAUGUUUCUGCUCCCUGGUUUCUGUAGAUUGUGUCGUCAUGUUUGUUCUCGCUUUCGUUGGCAGGAUAGGCUACGAGUGGCGGCUGUCCUUUGUGGGUGUCGUGUUACAGCAUUAAACGAGAUCCAGACUGUGAGUCACACUCUGAGGUCAGUUCAGAGCCUCUCUGUCGUG